UGUCGUGCUGCAGCUGCCAGCUGACACUUCCACGGAGGAGGUGAGGUCAAACCGUCUGUUCCUCUGCCCCGACGCGACAGAGGCAGCUAACUAGCGCAUCCUCCUCCUCGUUAUCAUCAUGGCGGACCAGCAAGGAGAAGCUCCGCCGCAGCAGCAGCCCGCGGUGACAGCCAGCUGGCCAAUUACCAGGGAGUCGUACGAGCUGCAGGAAGUCAUAGGCAGCGGUGCCACAGCUGUGGUGCAGGCAGCCCUCUGCACCCCCAGACAGGAGCGUGUUGCCAUAAAGAGAAUCAACCUGGAAAAAUGCCAGACCAGCAUGGACGAGCUGUUGAAAGAAAUCCUUGCCAUGAGUCAGUGCAGCCAUCCAAACAUCGUCACCUACUUCACCUCUUUUGUUGUGAAGGAUGAGCUUUGGCUUGUCAUGAAGCUUCUGAGUGGAGGUUCUAUGCUGGAUAUAAUAAAGCAUUCAAGCAAAGAAGAUGAUAAAGAUCGGUACUUAGAUGAGCCUAUUAUUGCCACCAUAUUAAAGGAAGUUCUGGAGGCCCUGGAUUAUCUCCACAGAAAUGGACAAAUUCACAGGGAUGUGAAAGCUGGGAACAUACUCCUGGGAGAAGACGGUUCUGUUCAGAUUGCAGAUUUCGGAGUCAGUGCGUUCCUUUCUACAGGAGGCGACGUAACUAGAAAUAAAGUUCGAAAGACUUUUGUUGGCACGCCUUGCUGGAUGGCUCCAGAGGUGAUGGAACAGGUUCGAGGCUAUGAUUUCAAAGCAGACAUAUGGAGUUUUGGGAUUACAGCCAUAGAGUUAGGAACAGGAUCUGCACCCUAUCACCGCUACCCUCCUAUGAAGGUUUUAAUGCUUACACUGCAAAAUGAUCCACCCACUCUAGAGACGGGCGUAGAAGACAAAGAAAUGCUCAAAAAAUAUGGCAAAUCGUUUAGAAAGUUAAUAUCAAUGUGCCUUCAGAAGGAUCCUGCCAAAAGACCUACGGCUGCAGAGCUUUUGAAGUGUAAAUUUUUCCAAAAGGCCAAGAACAAGGAACAUCUCGUUGAAAAGCUUUUGAGUUGUGCACCAAAGAUUUCUCAGAGAGCAAAGAAGGUGAGGAGAGUCCCCGGCUCUAGUGGCCACUUGCACAAGACGGAAAAUGGCGACUGGGAGUGGAGCGACGACGAGCUGGACGAGGGCAGCGAGGAAGGGAAGGUAGCGGCCACUCAGGGCAGGUCUCGAAGGGUCAAAUACGAGGCCAAAGAUGAUGAGGAAGAUGCCAACAAUAUCCCCAUAGAAGGCUUGUCUGUUCAGCAUCCCCAGGUGGAACCAUAUGAAAAUACACCGUUCAUUCAAGGUGCUGUUAACAUGGUACUACGACUACGGAACUCCAAAAAGGAGCUAAACGACAUCCGGUUUGAGUUCACCCCGGGCCGAGAUACUGCUGAUGGCGUCUCCCAGGAGCUCUUCUCAGCUGGGCUGGUCAACGGACUUGAUGUUGCUAUUGUUGCUGCUAACCUGCAAAAGAUUGUGGAUGACCCAAUUACCUACAAAGUAUUGACCUUUAAGCUGGCUUCCAGCUGUGAUGACACGGAGACUCCAGAUGAGGUGAAGUUGAUCGGCUUUGCACAGCUCAGUGUUUGCUGAUGCUUCAUGCAUGAAGCAGGUGAGACAGAUGAGACAGGUCAGGGCAGACAGACCGAGGAACACGCCACAUCCACCUCCUGCAAUAUCUGCCUCCAACACCUUCCCCUGAAAGCACCUCCUCCUUCCCCCACUCCUUUUUACCUUCCCCGAGGCCGAACUCUGCUGACUACACCUCCUUAGCGUCGACUUUUCGUCUCGCUGUCCCUCGACCUUUUACCUUAACAUUCCAGCGUGCAGACCAGGAUCAGGACACAGCC